CAAUGAGCGUCUGUAGUCAGGAAGAGUCAGAAAGUAGACUCAAAACCCACACUGAUUUAUAAAUACUGAAUCACCUCAUUGGUAUCAGUGAUAGUAUAAAGUAAUAAAUGAAAUAGACUUGGAUACAUUCUUGCUAAGUAAUGACUGUCAAAACUUGAAUGAAAAUUUGCAAAGAUAAAAAUCACCAAAUACUUCUGGUUUCAUAACACAAACGGAACAAAAUACAAUUACACUUUUAUAGACUAUACAUGUAUACAGUUCAUGUAUACAGUACAUGUCAUAGUUAGGUAAACAGUAACAAUGAACUCUCUUGAAGCGCUUUGUGUUCUCUUGUUCGCUCAUCAAUCAUUGGGAUUCCUUGAGCAGCCGUCAAACUUCGGGGACCCUGGUCAGUGUGUCUGGUAUGAGGAAUGCGGGAAAGGAUUUAAUGGAGGAAAACUCAAUUGCCCCGCCCCUCCCUCGGCUCGCAACGCCCCCCGCCUUACUGAUCCCGCCUCACUUCAGAUAAUCAAGGACUACUGUCCCAGUCUUUAUGCAGGGGAUGAUAAUACACACACAUGUUGCUCGCCCGAUCAAAUCCACACAUUCAAAAACAGUUUAUCUGUCCCGAUCUCGCUUCUCCACGGAUGUCCGGUAUGCCUGCGGAACUUCCUGAAUACUAUCUGCCAACUCACUUGUUCCCCACAUCAAAGUCGAUUCAUGUGGGCCAACAUGUCUGCACCAUACCCUGAUGACGUUGUCAAUAGCACAGGAAUCCCCGAAGUCACACUACAAAUGUCAAACAAGUUUGCUAACGACCUUUAUGACUCGUGUAAAGAUGUGAAUGGAGUGUUUUUUGUAAAGGCUUUGACCUUUCUCUGUGGCAGGCCCGUUUCUCAGUGUUCCCCGCAAGCAUGGUUCGGCUUUCUUGGAUCUCUAGGGAAUGGACAAUCUCCUUUCCCGAUUAAGUACACGAUCAGUGACCAGCCAUGGACUGCUCCAGAUGGAUCCGUUAUUGAACCAUUCAACACGCAGAAUCCCGGAUGCCAUGAAGUGUUACGUCCAGAACAGACAAGUCCUGUGAUAGGAAACCAUCCUUGCGCUUGCUCUGACUGUGGUCUGGCAUGUAACACCUCGGUUUUAAUACCUCGUCCUGGUUUAGCCAGCAGAACUACAUACCUGGAUUCUGUCUUUGGUGCCGGGAAAUACACGACAGCCGAGGUGAUUAUCGAGAGGGCUGAUGACAUGACACCACUGAUCCACAAUUUACCCCCACCCUCAGCGGAGCAAGUCACAUUUACAUCGAUUUUUGAUAAGGAUUUUAUGAAACAGGUUCUAGAUUUGCAAUCUCAAAUCACUGAACUAGAGGCCCACGGUGGGGUCACACAUGCUGUUCCGUUUUCAAACAUCUGCGCGCACGUGCAAGGGUCAUCAAGCUGUGUUGUACAUAGCGUAGCUCAGUACUUCCAGAAUAACGAUAGCAAAGUCGAUAAAAUCAUUUAUGACAGCUUUGGGUUCUACGUUGAAGGAGAUUACUUGGAUCACUUUAUGUCCUGUUCUAGACAACCAGAUCUGAAGGUAGAUGCUACAAAGUUACACAUGUCUUGUGAGUCAACCUUCGGCCAGCCAACUCAACCAUAUAUCGUCUUGGAGGGAUAUAACGGCAAAGCUUACGAAACAGCUACACAGUUUGUGUUGACAUAUGUACUCAACGCAUCGUCCCCUGCUGCGGACAUAACAGCCUGGAAAAAUAGCUUCGUGAAAUUCUUCCAGUCAUACCACAACACAAACAUGACCUUGACCUUUACCCCAAACCAGGAAAUACAUACCCAUCAGCCUGUAGCUGACUCACCAACGGUUGAGGAAAUCGAGCUAAAAGACUUCCCAAGUGUUGAAGUAACUAAGCGAGAUGUGCAGGGCCCCAGCUACAAUGUUGUAGAAAUGGCAGGCACACCAGCAGGGGAGACAAUUCCAGUCAAUAUUGAGGAUGAGGGUUUCAGGGCUGACAACUUGUAUUCUGAAGACCAGGAUCUGGGGCAGUGUGUCUGGUACGGACAGUGUGAAAAGGGAUGGAAUGGGGGGAACCUGAAUUGUAAAGCGACCAAUGAGACAAUCACACCUCCAAAGUUGACCAAUAAAACGGGUCUGGCCAUUGUGCAACAGUUCUGUCCUCUUCUAUACAACGGAAACGACAACACCUAUACAUGUUGUUCCACGGAGCAGCUAAUAACCAUGCAGAGCAGCCUCGGUGUACCAAACAAUCUUCUCCAACGCUGCCCCGCCUGCUACCACAAUUUUCUCAAUCAGAUCUGCCAGAUGACUUGCUCGCCACACCAGAGCAAGUUUAUUGCUGUAAAUGAUGAUGUUACAUGUCCCGACGCAAAUCCAAAUUGUAAAACCGGAAAAGGCGUGCCAAGUAUUUAUUAUCUGAUGACGAACAAAUAUGUAGAUGACUUUUACGACUCAUGUAAAGAUGUUCAGAUGCCUUCGUCAAAUGAUAAAGCUAUGUCGAUUCUCUGUGGUCGUCCCGCCAAGGACUGUACACCAUCCACGUGGAUGGCUUACAUGGGAAGCACUGGAAACGGUCAGGCACCUUUCCCAAUCAUAUACAAUUUCACGGACAAGGCUGUCGUUUAUAAAAACGAGACAUACAAUCCGCUGAAUAUGACUAAUGUUCGUUGCAACGAGACGGUAACCAACGAUACUCAGGCGUGUUCUUGUCAGGACUGUCAAGUAAGCUGUGCUCCGUUGCCACCUCCACCAGCUCCAAAAAAACAAUGGAAAAUAUUUUCAAUUGACGCUAUAUCGUUCAUCAUGGGCUGUAUAUUCGCUGCAUUUUUCCUUUCAUUUGGAAUUUACGUCAUUUGCUUCACCAUUAUUAAAGAACAUGGCCUCUGUAGUGGAAAGAAAUAUUCAGUGGGAAAUUCUGAUGGGGAAUCAUCAUCAAGUCAAACAAACAUCGUAAUGUCCAUGGUUUCUCCUGCGGAUAUCAGCACACUUGAAAAACUCGGAGCUAGAGUCGAGGACAUUUUACGGAAGAUCUUCACAGUCUGGGGCACAUGGUGUGCCCAGUAUCCAAUCCCUGUGCUGUUGAUCACGAUUAUUGUGUUUGGCUCUCUUGCAGGCGGAAUUAUUCGAUAUAACGUAACAACAGAUCCAGUAAAACUGUGGUCUGCUUCAACAAGUACAGCGAGGGUUCAGAAAGACUAUUUUGACAGCCAUUUUGGUCCAUUCUACAGGACUGAGCAGGUGAUCAUUACUCGACCCAACAACCAAGGAAACAACACCCCUGUUAUACACGACAAACCCUACCCAUCAACUAAAACAGUUCCAUACUCCUCAAUGUUUAACAAAGAGUUUAUGACUCAGGUCCUGGACCUACAAACGCAGAUUGAAAACAUCACAGCACCCUUCAGAAAUGGCACAGUUGGCUUAAAAGACAUAUGUUUCAAGCCCCUAGCGCCAGAUUAUGAGGAAUGUACUAUCGAAAGUGUGCUUCAGUUCUACCAGAAUAACUUGACCAAUCUGAAUAAGGUGGCUUAUGACGACUCCGGAUUCUGGACGGUUGCCGAUUAUCUUGACCAUUUUACGGCUUGCACACAAGCCCCAGCCUCCAUUUCUGACCAGACAAAACUGGACAUGAGUUGUCUUGGGGCAUAUGGUGGUCCGGCAUUUCCAUGGGUUAUUCUUGGAGGCUAUCCUGGGGUUGAAUACAAGAAUGCAACGGCCUUCGUGAUUACGUUUGUGGUGAAUAACCACCUAAAGGAUGAAGACAACGAAAUGGCCAAAGCGUGGGAGAAGGAGUUUAUUGCAUUUAUGAAGUCCUACAAAAAUCCGAACAUGAUUUUAUCUUUCUCCUCAGAGAGGUCCAUUCAAGAUGAGUUGAACCGCGAGAGUGUGUCUGAUGUACUCACGAUCGUUCUCAGCUACCUUAUCAUGUUUGCCUACAUAACCAUCGCUCUCGGACAGUUCAAGUCUUUUGAUACAAUCCUGAUUGACUCCAAAAUCACUCUUGGACUGAUUGGCAUCACAAUCGUACUGCUGUCGGUGGCGGCUUCUGUCGGAUUCUACAGUUACGUCGGCAUUCCAAUGACGCUGAUCAUCAUCGAGGUCGUACCUUUCCUUGUACUUGCUGUCGGCGUUGAUAACAUCUUUAUUCUGGUGCAAACUUACCAGCGAGACAAACGUUUACCUGGGGAGACUCUAGAACAGCAAGUUGGCCGUAUCUUGGGAAUAGUUGGACCUAGCAUGUUACUGACCAGCACAUCAGAAUCUGUAGCAUUCUUUCUCGGUGCGAUGACGGACAUGCCGGCUGUGCGUGAGUUUGCCUUGUAUGCUGCGAUGGCCGUCCUGUUUGAUUUCAUCCUUCAAGUAACAUGCUUCAUCAGUCUUAUGACCAUUGACGCUAAACGACAAGAGUCAAAUCGGUUUGACAUGUGCUGUUGUUUAAAACUACCUAAAAAGGAAAAGGAAGAGAAAUCUGAAGGGUAUCUCUACUACCUGGUUAACAACUACUAUUCACACGGACUUCUCUGUUCCUGGGUCCGACCUAUAGUGAUUGUGGUGUUCGUGGGUUGGUUUUUAGCAUCUAUUGCGAUGGCGUGUCAUUUAACUGUUGGACUGGACCAGGCUCUUUCCAUGCCAAUGGACUCAUUUGUUCUCGACUACUUCCACAACCUCUCUGCCUACCUCUCUGUCGGAGCGCCGAUAUACUUUGUGAUACCGGCAGGCUACAACUACACGAACAUGAAGUCUCAGAACGCGAUCUGCGGUAGCAAAGGCUGUAACCAGGAUUCCCUGAUCGGCCAAGUGUUCUACUCCUCGCAGCUGGCUAACUACACAUCUAUAGCACAGCCAGCCUCCUCAUGGAUGGACGACUACUUUGAUUGGAUAAGCGCUCAGGGGAAUCCCCCAUGUUGUCGUAUCAACAACAAAACAGGAGAGUUCUGUCCGUCAACAUCAAAUGAAGCAUGUCACAAGUGUCCUCUACAGCCAGAACAACAGGGUCGCCCCACCCCCGAUGAUUUUAUAAAAUACAUGCCCAUGUUCUUGAAAGAUAAUCCUGGACUUAAGUGUGCUAAGGGAGGGCAUGCUGCGUAUGGUGCUGGCGUCAACCUGGUCAAGAAUAAGACUGAAGUUGGAGCAACUUACUUUAUGACCUAUCAUACGCCAAUGAAGGUUUCUGGAGAUUACAUCAUGGGAUUAAGAGAGGCGAGAAAAAUAGCAAAAAAUAUUUCCAUAGCGAUGAAUAUUACUGAUCCCGAAAAAGAAGUUUUUCCCUACAGUGUCUUCUAUGUCUUCUAUGAACAAUACCUUACCAUAGUUAUCAUGACGAUUAAGAACCUGGGCAUCUGUAUGGCGGCCAUCUUUGUUGUGACGUUUAUUCUACUAGGGUUCGACUUUGUCUCGGCAACCAUCGUGUGCCUGACGAUCAUCAUGAUCGUAGUCGAUAUCAUGGGAAUGAUGUUCCUAUGGGAUAUCAACCUCAACGCUCUUUCUCUCGUUAAUCUAGUCAUGGCAAUUGGUAUAUCGGUUGAGUUUUGUUCGCACAUUGCCCGUGCGUUUGCUGUCAGCAUAGAGCAUGGGAGAGUAGAACGAGCUAAAGACGCCCUCGCUCAUAUGGGCAGCUCUGUGCUGAGUGGUAUCACGCUUACAAAGCUUGUAGGAAUUUCUGUGCUAGUGAUGGCCAAGUCCCAGUUAUUCCAAGUGUUCUAUUUCCGGAUGUACCUUGGGAUGGUUGUCUUCGGGGCUUCCCACGGCCUUAUAUUCUUGCCUGUUUUGCUCAGCUAUUGUGGUCCAAGUCUCAACAAAGAAAAAGUUUACCAGAAUCAACAGAGAGUUUUAGCAUCGAGCAAAAGUAAAGUUAUCAAUGGAGUAGACAAUAGAGCAAAUAGUGAUUUUUUUGGACGCAAUGAAUCACCGCCAAAUUAUGAUCAUUUGUAGUUUCUUACUGUUUCUAAUUGUCAGAGGGUAGUUUAUUUGUGCAUGUUUUUGUGAACAUGAAAAUCAAGAAAAGAUUCCAAAUUUGCAAUUUGUGUUUUGCAGUUGGACUUCACAUGUGAGAACAGUUCAUAAAAGUGAAUUGGAAGACUUUAAUGACCCUGAAGUAAACAUUCGGAAAAAAAAAACACUACCUAAAAUUUGCUCCAGGCCUGCAGGUGGAACCAUACUGCUAGUGUGAAACCAUGAACACAAGUGGUGUGCCAAGGAUUAAGGGUACCCGGAACUAAAACCACCAGCUUAUAGGAGACAGUGUUUUGUGAUAUUUAUGGAUGAUUUCAUGGUUAUUAAGUGUUAAUAUUUUUGUCCAAUGUGCUGCUGAAAUUAGGAGUGCAUGGCAUGAUUUUUGGCCUUCAAACACAAACUUCCUUCAAUGUUUUAUUAGUUAUUUGAAUUGAAGGACAUUUCAGAAAGCGUUACCCUGAAUUUCAAGAUGAUAUCUCCAAAAUUACGCAAGAUACAUGCCUACAACUAUUAAGACCAUUCAUUGCCUCUUUUGUAUACUAAAGUUGACCUUUCACACAAGUAGGCCUAACAAGAUUACAUUUUUAAAAUCAAUAUUCCAACUAGUUUAUAGUUUUUAAUCUAUCACUGAGUAUAUAUCGAGGGGUGAAAGCGAAAAGGUUCUAUCUGCUUCUUUAUUUAAUGUCACUUAGAACCUUUUCGCAUUCACCCUUUGAUAUGAAACACUGGUAUAAAGAGAAUUUUGAUGAUUCAUUUUCAUGAUUUUAGACAAUCCGGUUAUUUGAAACAGACACUAUAAAUGCAGUCGAUAUUAGUUACGACAAAAGCCUAGGUUGCUAUGGAAACAUAAGUACAGUAAAAGUCAUAAAUCUUUAAGAAAAUGAUGCGCUAAUGAGAAUGCUUUUAAAGCAAGAAGUUUGGAUUUAAUUGAAAUAUAGCGAUUUUUUUUUUAAAAAAUGGUAAAUUUUAUUUAAUGAUUUUUAAAUUAAUUUUUUUUAUAACUAUGUCCGAAGGCCAAAAAUCAUGUCAGAUGGCUCAUAUUUCCUUAAUGAUAACAUACAUGUAUACAUUUGUGAUAAGGUUGUUUGCUGGCUAAAGUUGUUUCUGAUUUUUUUUGUAAGCCUGAUUGAAUAUCAUAUUUUCUUUGUUAUGUAUUAUAUAUUAUGGUACUAUAGGGCUCACACCAGUUAUCCUAUGAUUCUUUGUAAGUCAUAAGGAGUUAAUUAGUUAUUUUGCUAUAAUGAAGCUUAGUAAAGGCAUUGGUAAAUCAUUCAAGGGUUAAAGACAUUCAACACUAAACACUUAGGCUUCUAUGAAAUAUGUUCUGAGCUAAACUUGUUUCAAAUUAAACUUUUGCUUAGUUCAUUUACACAUAAAUUUUAGUGUAUAUUUAUUCUAUGAAAUUUAUUCAUUGACAAUUAAAAUAAUUCCUGAAAAAACAAAAAAUUAAUUCCUGACAAAACAAAUAGAUUCUCAGGUAGAAGUCAUUGAAUGUAAAAUUAAAGAUAAUCCAUGAAGACGUCUUAGUUUCUAGUAGCAACACUGCCUGUUAGCUCUAAGAAAAAAUAUUGUCAAAGAAUACCACUUGUCGUCCUUAUUAAUAACAAAUUUAUAGGGAUUUUUUCCAAAUAAGGUAUUUAUAUUGUAAAACUAUAUUUCUUGAUCAAAUUUAUUGGGCAUUUAAGAUAUUAAUUUAUUACUGUUAUUUCUGACAAUCUGACAAAUUUCAAUUUGAUUUUUGACGUUCACAAAUUUCAAUGUAAUUUCUGACAUUCAGAAAUUUCAAUGUAAUAUCUGACAUUCAGAAAUUUCAAUGUAAUUUCUAACAUUCACAAAUUUCAAUGUGAUUUCUGAAAUACACAAAUUUCAAUGUGAAUUCUGAAAUUCACCAAUUUCAAUGUAAUUCCUGACAUUCAGAAAUUUCAAUGUAAUAUCUGACAUUCAGAAAUUUCAAUGUAAUUUCUAACAUUCACAAAUUUCAAUGUGAUUUUUGAAAUACACAAAUUUCAAUGUAAUUCCUGACAUUCAAACAAAGUAAACUUAACUAAAUGUUUUUAUCUGGACAAAAUUUGGUCUCAUGGUCAAUGAUAAGACCCUGAAUAUUUUACAGAUAAACUAUGCAUACCUGGGUUCAUUUAUUUGCUUCUAAUCAAUUGUGUAUUUAUGGACUGGCAGUUGCUUAUGACCUUGUAUGAUAAGCGCUUACGACGGCCUUAUUAUUUGUGCUGACUUUUCAGUGCUAUGUUGAGAUUCACAUUUUAAUACACUGUAAUAAUUAUGUGUUUGCUUUGUAUAUUUAUUUGUGUUUUAUUGGAUCAUGUAAGUGCUAAUGUUUAAGAUUUGUUUGCACUAAUUGUACAUGCUAGUUACUUAGUAUUUAUUUGACCUUUUUGUAUGAUCCCUUCCUCUUAAUAAUCUACCGUAUGUACGAUUUGUUGUUUGGUUAGUGUGAAUGCAUUUCUUUUGAUAUACGCCCCCACACCCUUAAUGCUUUAUUAAAAAAUGACCAACCCCACCACCUCAACCCCCUUUAUCAGAUAACACACCUAGUCCCUUUAGCCUCCGUUUAUACAAUGACAUUCCCCAUCCCCUUGACCCAAGUUUUUAUAAAAAGACACUCCCCAUCCCUUUGAAUCAAGUUUUUAAGGAAAAAAACUCAACAUCAGUUUGAAUCAAGUUUUUAAGAAGAAAAAACACUCCCCAUCCCUUUGAAUCAAGUUUUUAAGAAAAAAACCCACCUCCAUCCUUCCAACCCUGUUUUUAAAAUAAUACUUCCACUCUCUUCUACCCCAGUUGUAGCAAAACCCCUUUUUAACUCAACACUCCCCCUAAAUCCCCUUUUGUAAAAUUACACCAAUGUGAAAUGACUUUUUUUACCAGAUACUCCUGAUUCCCAGGCCUAACCAUGACAUGUUCCUAAUGAUAUAACUGGUUCUCUUGGGAAAACUGCAUUCACUUAAACAUUAUACCUUCAUUAUUGGUCACGUUUUCCGAAACACCAACUGAAAUUUUAUAUUCAGUGAGUGUUUUCUGAGUUUUCUGAAAUCAGACACUACAUGAAAAUGUACCUUAGCACCAAGAUUUGAAACCUGUGGGUAAUUAAUAUAAUUGUACUUUUGUAUGUGUGUACUAAGACAGAAAAAGCUGGAAUAGAUGAGUUCUAAUUACAAUUCUAUAUAAGCUUGUAUAGCAACACCAUGGGCACUCAUUAACUUACAAUGUGUUUGCCUCUAUAUAUAAGUGUAAUGGUAUAAAUGUUCAGUUUGAUUCAAAAUUGCACUUUAGUUCAAGUAUUUGUUCUUACCUACUGCCUUUCAAGUUUGCCACCAUUUGAUUACCUGUAUUGCAUACAUGUACUUAAUAACCCAGUUAGCAUUGGUAAUCUUGGCUUUGUGUUUUCUUUGUUAUUGUAUUAUACCUAAUUUGUAUUUUCGUGAUUAAUUUCCACCAUGUGUGUUGUAAUUUGAAUAUGCUUUAUAGAUAUGUUUCACAUGAUAAUAAUGUUCGAAGCAAACCGAAAAAAAAACAAUCAAUAAAACAUUCCAUAAAA